GAGAGAGAGAGAAAGAGAGAGAGAGAGUGUGUGUGUGUGGUGGUCACCGCAGUGUGCUUUGCGUGUGAGUGAUCACGGACCAGGAAUCGGGAGAUCAGACGGGCUCGAGCUCACUUCUCAUGCAUGUCGCGUCCCCUGCUGCAUCUGGACAUCAUCUCUCUCUCUCUCUCUCUCCACUUCUGCCUCGUGCAGGGACAUCCUUUUCUUUUUCCUCACUCUCUUUUUUUUAAUCGCGGAUCAAACAUCAGACACUGCUCCGUGCGCGCGCGCGUGUGUGUGUUGGAAAAUACUGUGCAUAUGCAUGAGAGAGAAGACCCUGAGAUGAGCAACGUGCACUGAAUCUAAAGCAGAGACUCGGAUUGGAUACUCGAGUGAUUGGAUAUUUAGAGGAACAAAAAAAACAACAACAACAAAACAGCAUUGCAUGAAUUAAACAGCGCGUGCAUUCGAGAAAGCAAAAGCAAGAAAGCAACAACAACUGAAAUGCACUAGCGUUUUUUUUUUAGUUUUAUUUGGAUUUGUUUCUCUCUCUCUCUCUCUCUCUCACGCGCGCGCACACACACACACUUGCACUCAUGGCUUCGCUGUACCAGAGGUUCACGGGGAAAAUUAACACCAGUGCAUCUUUCCCCGGUCCCCCGGAGGCCAGCCGUCUGCUGGGUGCGCGCGAGAAGGCGACCAGCACGAGUCCUGAGCCCCGGCCCGAUCGCCGACGCGGGACUGCGCGCGAGGACGAGGACGAGCUGGUGGGUAGCGCUCCUCCUCAGAGGAACUGGAAGGGAAUAGCCAUCGCUCUGCUGGUCAUCCUGUUCAUCUGCUCUCUGAUCAUCACCUCCGUUAUCCUGCUCACGCCACGUGAGGAUGACAGCUUGGCCUCCAAGAAGAAGGUCACAGUGGAGGAUCUGUUCAGCUCGGAGCUGCAGGUUCACGACCCCCAGGCCAAGUGGCUCAGUGACACAGAGCUGCUGUACCGUAAUCGGGAUGGAGAUGUGGUCAAGCUUGAUGUGGAGAGCAACAGCACCGAGGUUCUGGUGGAGAACAAGAUGUUUGAAAUGUAUAAAGCCAGCAAGUACCAAGUGUCUCCUGACCUGACUCACAUUCUGCUGGCCUACAACAUCGUCCCGCUGUACCGGUACUCCUACACAGCCUCGUACAUCAUAUGCAGCCUGAAAACUCCGGAGACGGAGGUUCUGUCUGCUCCUGAAGUGCAGAACACAACGCUGCAGUUUGCUGCAUGGGGUCCGAAAGGCCAACAACUGAUCUUCAUCUUCGAGAACAACAUCUACUACCAAGCCACCGUGAAGGACAAACCCAUCCGUCUGGUCACUACAGGACGAGAGGGCGUGGUCUUUAACGGACUCCCUGACUGGCUGUACGAAGAGGAGAUCUUCAGGUCCCACACCGCACACUGGUGGUCCCCGGACGGCCUCAGGCUUGCGUACGCCACCAUCAACGACACUCUGGUGCCCAAGAUGGAGAUCCCCAUGUUCACGGGCGGCCUGUACCCUGGGGCUCAGGAGUACCGCUACCCUAAAGCUGGAGAAGAGAACCCUGAGGUCUAUGUGUCGGUGGCGAGUCUGAACGGGCCGCUACACACGGUCCGAAUGAAGAAGCCCGAGGACCCUAGGAUCGGGAAGGAGUAUUAUGUCACCAUGGUGAAAUGGGCCACCAGCACCAAACUGGCGGUCAACUGGCUGAACCGAGCGCAGAACAACUCCAUCCUCACCCUGUGUGAAGCCACCACCGGAAUCUGCACCAAGAAACAUGAGGAUGAGAGUGAGAGCUGGCUGCACAGACAGAAUGAAGCUCCGCUGUUCUCCAAAGACGGCCUCAGGUUCUUCUUCACCCGUGCAGUACCACAGGGGGGUCGAGGGAAGUUUUACCACAUCUCCAUGUCCACCUCACAGCCCAACAGUAGCUCAGACACGCUGCAGUCGUUGACGUCGGGUGAUUGGGACGUUACAGAGAUUUUAGCGUACGAUGAGGACACACAGCUGGUAUAUUUCCUGAGCACAGAGGACAACCCGAAACGACGUCACCUGUACAGUGCUUACACCACAAGCUCGUUUAACCGCCGCUGUCUGUCCUGCGAUUUCGGCUGUGGCUUCGUCAGCGGCGCGUUCAGCCCCGGCGCAAACUACUUCCUCCUCAACUGUAAAGGUCCCACAGUGCCCUACACGGCCGUCUACAGCACCCGAGACCGACUCUAUGAGAAGCUGCUGGAUGUGGAGUUGAACGAGUUGCUGAACUCCACCAUUAGCUCCAUGCAGAUGCCCAGAGUGGAGUAUCAGGAAAUCACCAUCGAUGAUUACACUCUGACCAUCCAGAUCCUGAAACCUGCGGCAUUCACAGACACGGCACAUUACCCCUUACUGCUGCUGGUUGACGGUACCCCCGGUGGUCAGAUGGUGACGGAGCAGUUCCAGGUGGACUGGGCGACGGUGUUGGUGAGCUCCUACAGCACCAUCGUAAUGCGUUUUGAUGGGCGGGGCAGCGGGUUUCAGGGCACCAACCUGCUGCACCGGAUCAAGAGGAAACUCGGAGAGCUCGAGGAGAUCGACCAGCUGGAGGCACUUGGUAUCAUCACUAAAGAGUCGUACGUCGACAAGACAAGGAUUGGAGUGUACGGACGGGUGUACGGCGGAUAUCUCGCCAGCCUCCUGCUGAGCUCCGAGGACUCGCUGUUCAAGUACAACUUUAAAUUUAAAUGUGGAGCAGCUGUCUCGCCCAUCACCGAUUUCAGCCUAUAUGCCUCGGCGUUCUCCGAGCGUUAUUUAGGAUCUCCUCGAUCCAAUCCAAGAGUGUAUGAGAUGUCGAGUUUAGCUCAUCGAGCAGGUCAGCUAGAGGAUAAGAGUUUUUUAAUUAUUCACCCAACAGCUGACGAAAACGUCCACUUCCAGCACACGGCUAAAUUCAUCAACUAUUUAAUAAACCAAAAGGGCAAUUACACACUGCAGAUCUACCCUGACGAGGGGCACUUGCUGCAUUCGGAGGUCUCUCGGCAGCACCUGGAUCAGUCGCUCGUCAACUUCUUUGACGUGUGCUUCAGGCCACCGGAGAUCAUCACCGAAGACGAGCUGGAGCAGGAGGACGAGGACGACGGCUAAAACGGCUGUGUAACACAAACUGUGAUCAAAUUUGUUUCCCUAAAAAAAUAAAACCUGCAUCAUGUAAUUCUUCUUCUUCAACAUCAUCAUCGUCGUCGUCUUCUCCAUUUGGGACGGAGCAUCUGCAUGGACCAAUCGCAUCUCGCCUCUGAAAACGGAACGGUCUGACAGAGGGACGAGAGAGCGAGCGAGAGCUUCUUCCUUCCUCACUUUCCUCCCUGAUGAAGCUGUACAGCGCCCGCGUGUGGACUGAGCCGGUAGUGACGCAUCAGCGCGCUGAAAACAGAAACUAAGCCGGAGGAUGAAUAUAGCACAAGACCCUGUAGAGCAGUGCGGGAGAAUUAGACAUUAAAUAGCACUGUUAAUAUCCGCUGUUACGGAGCUUAUGACCGUAUUUUCCAGACUUUUAAACUGCGCUUGUGUAAUUAUCGUGCUUGUUAAAUGUUAAAAUCGCGGCAGAGAUCGCUAAACUGUAGCGAUCUUAUACAUUACAUUGAAGGGAACAUUUCUGCAGGAGCAAAACGUAACUAGUGUUCAUGUUUACCGCUAAGACAUGGCCGACGUUCUCAUUUUUACUUUUGCACUAAAGCUACAACGCUCACGUUAGCCAUCAAGUCCAUCUCACCUAAACUCUUCGACUUUUAAAUAAAUGAGUGCGUAUACAGCGAAUUUAGUGUCAAAGUCGAAUGUUAUCGUUCACAUCGCUACAAUUCCGUUCUUUCAGACUUUGUUAGGUGGGGCCUAGAGGGGCAGAGUCAUAAAAAACAGCACUAUUGAACAACAAUGCUGACUGCAGUGUGACAAAAUGGAUCACAGUCCCGUCGCCUUGUUCUCUACUGGCUCAUGAAUUUCAUCUGAAAAAAAAAAAAAUUUCGCCAUAGCGACAGGUCGUAAAUGUAACAUUACAGCGUUACAGCUACGCGCUAAAAUUAAAAGCUUGUUUACAGAUAUAGACGAAGUCAGACUUCACCUCCCCGAUUGCUAUGUUUACCCCGCAGCUUCCGUGCAAAACCAACAGACACGUUAGUACAGUAAUGACUCGUAUUCUGGAAAAUACGGUAAUAUCGUGUCUCUUAUUUAAAGUUAAAACUGUUCAUCGUUCCUUGUUUUGUCCUUCAUCCUGUAACAGGCCAGCGGCUUUAAUGAGACACUUGGUAAUAAACGGCUCAGAAGCAGCUUUCA